AUGCCACCAAAAAGAGCGCUGAAUGUUCUCUUCUACCCGACCGACGCCGUCGGUCACGUGAACGCAGCCACAGGUAUAGCGCAGGUACUGCUCGGCGCCGGACAUCGCUGUGUGUUUAUCAUUAGUGACAAAUGGUUGGGAAAACUCACAAAGUAUGGCAUAGAAGAAGUGCUGUUGGAGGAAACAAACACUUCAUCGCUCGCAGACACCACAACAACACCAAAGCAAAUAGAUUCGAACGCUAAUAACGACCCGGCGCUAUACUGGGCUAAUUUAAUGAAACAGACUGGCACGUUCACUGGGCUGCCACCGUUGACCAGGCUGAUUAAUGUGCGUAAAAAUUUGUAUAAAACUGAAAUGAACGAUAUAGAAAGGCUUAACCCACUGAUUGAGGGUCUUUUGGAGCGACUAAAGCCCGACAUUAUCUUCACGGAUCAAUUUAUAACAGUGCCGGCCAUCGACACGGCAGUGCCGGCCAUCGACACGGCAGGUAUACCCUGGGUUUGGUGGUGUAGCCCUAAUCCGCUGGUGUUUCUCGAUGAUGAUAAGUUAACUCCACCCGGGUGUUCAGGUUUGCCAGCGUCCGGACCGAUGGCUGAGUGGCAGGCGUUUCGGUCGGCAGUGAACGAGGCCUCAGAAGAGACGUGGAAUUAUUGGAACUCUUAUUGUGUGGCAAAAGGCGUAAAACCACUCAAUAAAUACAAAUACCUUAACUUUUCCCCAUAUCUUAACAUUUAUGGCUUUCCUCUGGAAUUGGAUUACACAGACAUCAGACCAUUGCCUCCCAAUUGGCAUCAAUUUGAUAACCUUAAGCGUACGGAUAGAGACAUCACAUUUGAGAUACCGGUGCCGUUGAGAGACAGACCGGGAAAA